AUGAUCGAAUAUGGUAUUACCCUCGAAGGCCGAGUUGAGUACGAUGACAUCAUUCUUGGCAGAAAUCUCACACUCGCUCAGGAACAGGAGAAAAUCGCUGCUUGGGCAAAAAAGUAUAAUCGCACGGAGCAGGUGAAGAAAUUCAGGGCGGAAAAGGAUGCAACCUUCAAACAGCUUGAGCAACGCAUCGGCCAAAGUGUUUGCGUCUUUAUCAGCCACCUUCCAGAAGUAUUUGAAAAUCCUAAAAAGUGCAGAUAA